AAUAAUGUAAACACUAUAUCGAACUUAUUGUACUACUAUAAAUUUCGACAUAAAUAAUGAAUUAAUUAAAAAAAAAAUCAAUAAUCGUAACAAUUUUUGCCUAUGUCUCAAGCAAGGCAUGUAUAAUAACGUUCUACAUAAAAUCUUCAUCCCAGACGCUCAAUAUUUAUUGGGAAAUCUUCGUUAAGGAUUACCAUUUGAAUAAAAUGCAAACUGCUAGAGAAACAAUUAGUCAAUUCUACAUUACUUGUCCCAAAGUGAAGAUGGAGUAAUAAAAUGAUGGCAUGGAAAUGAAAGCACUUAAUAAAAAAUCUCCAUCCACAACCACAAAAUAUCAAUUCGUGUACAUACAUACACAUUACAUUUAUGUAUAUUAAUAUUAAUAUUAUUAUUGGUAUAUAAUCAACAAAUUAAAACCAACACCACUGAUUAUAGAUAUAUACAUAAAAUGACCGAAACUCACGCAACCCUAACAAAUAACAAUAGCCUUCUCUCUCUCUCUCUCCUCUCUCCCUCCACCAAAUCUCCUGCAGUCCCUCCAUCCAAACUACAUAUCCAAAUCCCCCAUUCCAUCUCCAUUACAAAAAAACAAAAAAAGAAGAGAGAGAAUCCCAAUUCUGCCAUGCAUAUUUGUGCAUGUGUAUGUGCGUGUAUGUAACAAUGCUCAAUUAAAUCAAAACAAAACUCCUUACAUACAUAUAUAUACAUACGUUUUUAUUUAUAUAUAUAUAUAUAUAUAUAUAUAUAAACACACAUACACACGAACACAGAAAAAAAAAUGGCCCGUAGCCUGAGCCUGACCGGAUCGGCGGACUUUCUGUACCGGAGCUUCUUCUCAUACUCGGGGCUCCGGUCGACGAAAACGGAUCUGCAAGAGGGGACGGUGAUGCACUGCUGGAUCCCGAAGAGCCAGAAGGCGUCGAAGCCGAACCUGAUGCUGGUCCACGGCUUCGGCGCCAACGCCAUGUGGCAGUACGGCGACCUCCUCCACCACCUCAUGCCCCGCUACAACGUCUACGUCCCCGACCUCCUCUUCUUCGGGGAGUCGUGGACGCGGCGCCCUGACCGCUCUGAAGACUUCCAAGCGCAGUGCCUGAUGCGCCUGAUGGAGGUGCACGGGGUGGAGCGGCUGAGCGUGGUGGGGAUCAGCUACGGGGGGUUCGUCAGCUACAGCAUGGCGGCGCAGUUCCCGGAGAUGGUGGAGAAGGUGGUGGUGUGCUGCUCCGGGGUGUGCCUGGAGGAGAAGGAUCUGAAAGAGGGGUUUUUCGAGGUGGCGGAUCUGGAGGAGGUGGCCAGCAUUCUCAUGCCCCAGACGCCGCAGAAGCUCAGGGAGUUGAUCAAGUUCGCCUUUGCCAAGCCGGUCAAGGGCGUCCCUUCGUGCUUCCUCUCCGAUUACAUCCACGUUUUCUGUACAGAAUUUCUUGAUCAGAAAAAGGAACUAAUUCAUGCUUUAACUGCCGACAGAAAGCUCGAUAGAAUACCCAAGAUAGAACAGCCAACGUUGAUCAUAUGGGGAGAGCAGGACAAAAUAUUCCCACUGGAGUUGGGAUUCAGACUCCAAAGGCACAUAGGUGACAAUGCAAGAAUUAAAGUGAUAAAGAAUGCUGGACAUGCUUUGAACAUUGAAAAACCAAGGGAGUUUGCUAAGCAUUUGAAAGCAUUUUUAAUUGAAGAUAGUUCUAGCCCAAGAUCAAAUUGGAAUUGGAGUUGGAGCCCAAACUUGAGUUCAUAUUCAAAUUCAAAUUCAAAUUCAAAUUCAAAUUCGAAUUUGAAUUCGAGUUCAAGUUCAUAUUCGAAUACCAACCCUUACUCCCUCUCAUCGUUGCGACAAAAAAAUUUCUUCCGGACUAGUAGCCCUUGAUAUUAGUUCUCUCUAAAAAAAUUGACAAAUUUGUUAACUAAUUUUAUUGAUCAUGUAUGCAUAAUCUUUUUGCUAUAUGAUCAUGAUUACAUAGUGUGAAUCCA